AUUAACAUUUCUACCGCCAUUUUAUUUAUUUAUUUUUCUGACAUUUUCUGGGGCGUCCUCAGCCUGCAGUGUGUCCUCCGGUCCAGCAGGCGGCAGCUUCCUCAGCCUCCCUCGCUGUGACCCCGGUCACCCGGAUAUGUUCCGUCUUGUUUUCCUUCCUGCUGCCCGGUGGACGGAGCUCAAUACUGAGAUGUCUCUGACAGAAGUCCCGCCGCGCUGCGGGCUCCGGGUUCUGACAGUGUCGGUGUCGGAGCAGCUCACCCAGGUCGGGGAGGAGGUGCUGGAGGUGCUGGAGAAGCGGAGCGGCCGCUCCGGCGGAGCCUCCCCGCGCCUGCUGCAGCUGCUGCGGCUGCUCCUCACCGAGCGGCUGGCGGCGGCGGCCGAGCGGAUCGCUGGGCUGCUGGAGCGGGAGGUGGAGGAGUACCGGCGGCAGGUGGAGCGGCAGAGCCGGCUGCUGGAGGCGGUGCUGAGCCCGGUGGUCCGACUGACCCGGACAGAUGCUAUGAUGUCUUUAGCAGUGAAAUUGACAGGAUACCUACUCUUGGCAGAAAUUACAGCAGCAAUGUUUUCCCAUAAUUCUAACGGCAUCAGGACGUCUGGAGCCCCUGAGAACCACCGUCUGCCAUCUGAGGUCGACCCUGCCCGCCUCCCCAUGACCCUGGCCAGCUCCGCCUCCUCAGAUGUCUCAGUAGCUGACAGCGACGAUGACUGGAGGGGCGGCGAUGACUCGUCCUCUCUUAAAGACACAAACAGGACAAUGGGAGGACGGCAGAGGCAUCAAGGGGCCGCAGCAGCGGCAGCAACUCACUACUGCAUCGUCUGUAGAAAAAGUUUCCGCCACAAAGGGAACCUGGUGAAACACGCAGAGACGCACUCAGACGGGCCGCGGUGUGGCGUCUGUGGAGAACAAGUUAAGUCCUCAGACAGUUUGGUCCGACAUCUCAGAUCUCACAGAGAAACCGGCAGCGGUGGUGGGGGGACAUGUGAGAUCUGCAGGAAGACGUUUCAGAACAUGGACACGCACAUGAGGAGUCACACAGGAGUCAAACCAUACCGCUGCGACGUCUGCGGAAAGAGCUUCCCCCGACCCGGAGCACUGCGGCGCCACAAGAAGAUUCACAGCCGGAGGACGGACGCCAUCUGUCCCAUCUGCGGACUGACCUUCAGCCAACAGCAGCCGCUCCAGGAUCACCUGAAGACCCACGAAGAAGACGACAGAGACCAGAGCGAGGGCGAGGACGCUCAGCCGGAGACGCCUGGAGCGAAGACUGACAGACAUGGAUGGAGAUCAUCAUCGUUGUGCUGCAGAGUCUGUGGUGACUCUUUCCACAGCCGCGGCUUCCUGCGGAAACAUGCUGAGACGCACUGCAGGGAUGCUCGGAGCAUCUGCGGUGUUUGCGGACAGAUGCUGGACUCACCAGACGCCCUGCUGACUCACCUGCGGUCUCACAGAGAGACCAGUGGGACCUGCGGCGUCUGCGGCAAGACGUUCCAGAACAUGGAAACGCACAUGCGCAGCCACACAGGAAACAAACCGUACCACUGCAGCAUCUGCAACAAGCGCUUCCCCCGAGCCGGAGCGCUGCGGCGCCACAAGAGGAUCCACAGUGGUGAGCGGCCACACAUCUGCCCGCACUGUGGGAAGACAUUCAUUGAGAGCAGUGCCUUAAAGACUCACAUCAGGAGCCACAUCGAUGAGGACACCGAGCCACUGGCGGAUGCUCCGAGUCUAAAGUCUGAGACGGAGAAGAGUCCGAGCUCAGAGGAGAACGCCAAGGUGGCGACUCACAGCUGUAAGGUCUGUGGUGAGUCCUUUCAGAGUAAAGGAAGUUUGAGAAAACAUGCCAAGAGUCACUCAGCAGAGUCCACCUGCGGCAUCUGCGGUGAAGCUUUACCACCGACAGACACGCUGACGGACCACCUGCUGACUCACAGGGAUGCUGGGAACAUCUGUCACAUCUGCGGUAAGACUUACCAGAACAUCGAAACGCACAUGCGCAGUCACACCGGCGUCAAACCGUACCGCUGUGCCAUCUGUGGGAAGUCCUUCCCGCGGCCCGGCGCCCUGAGGCGCCACAAGCGGAUCCACAGCGGGGAGCGCCCAUACAUCUGUGAGUUCUGUGGGAAGACGUUCAUCGAUAACGGCGCCCUGACAACGCACAUCAGGAACCACACCGGGGACAAACCAACCACCCGCGUCUCCUGCGAGACCUGUGGGAAGAGCCUGGCGUCCGUCCAUGUCCUGGAGGUCCACAAGAGGAUCCACACGGGCGAGAAGCCGUUCCAGUGCCGUGUCUGCGGGAAGGCCUUCAGGCAGGUGGGCGGGCUCAACGCCCACACGCUGACGCACACCGGCGAAAAGCCUUUCAGCUGCGGCCUCUGCAACAAGAGCUUCAGCACCAAAGGUUACCUGGAGACGCACGUGCGCUUCCACAGGAAGGAGCGCACGUUCAGCUGCCAUCUGUGCUGGAAGGCCUUUGUCACCAAGAAUGACCUGAAGAAACACCUGCUGACGCACAGCGGCGAGAAGCCGUACGCCUGUUGCGUCUGUGGAAAGAGCUACCAGGAGAAACGCUCCCGAGACGUCCACAUGAAGGUUCACCUGGAUGCACGCGACCUCGGCAAAGAGCCAAUCAGGAGGCAGGAUGCUCUGCAGCCGGACUUCAUCCAGCUCUAAGCCUCAGACCACAGACUGGACUGAUUUAUAACCCAGUACAAACAUUGCUGUGAGGCCCACUGCUCCAUGAACUGCUCCAUGAACUGCUCCAUGAACUGAUCUGAUGUUUAUCAAUCAAUUAAUCUACUGAUUGUUUCAGCUGUUUGUUGUUUUUAUAAACAUGCUUACUGGUGACGUGGAGGAAGUUCAGGAGAAAUAAAUCUGCCUCUUUCAAAAUAA